AUGGCAGCCCUGCGCACGCCACCAGAUGCCCCGGCCGCCCAGCUGGAGAGGGCGGAAGAUGGGGCGGGCUGCAGCCCUGGUGAGGAGGAGGAGGAAGAGGAGGAGGAGGAAGACGAGGUCGUGGUGGAGGACGAGGAGGAGGUGGCGGAGGUGCAGGUGGUGGAGGAGGUGGACGAGGAGGUGGAGGAGGUGACGGCCGAGGAGCCGAGCGCGGUGGUGGGGACCCAGGAGCCACUGAGCAGAGGCCGUGACGCCAAGUCCCCAGGGCUGCAGGAGAAUGCCCUGCAGACGUCUCAGGCUCCAGCCUUUCCUGGGGAUGAAGACUUGGAGGAGGAGGAGGAGGAGGGGGAGGAGGAGGAGGAGGAAGAAGAGGAAGAGGAAGAGGAGGUGACCGAGAAUCACCUCCUGACAGCUAGCUCCCAGGGGCUGGUGACUUUUGAGGAUGUGGCGGUGUACUUCACCCUGGAGGAGUGGCACGGGCUGGACGCAGGCCAGCGGGACCUCUACAAGGACGUCAUGCAAGAGAACUAUGGUAUCCUGGUGUCUCUGGGGUACCCGAUCCCCAAGCCGGAUCUGAUCUUCCGGCUGGAACAAGGGGAAGAACCAUGGGUUCCAGACAGCCCACGUCCCGAGGAGGGAGACAUCGUCACUGGCGUCUACACAGGGGCCUGGUUCUGGACUGAUGACAUGGAGGACCACGAGGACGAAGAUGACGAGGACUUCCUGGCGGAGGUGGCCGAGGAGGAGAACGAGCCCCCUGGGCUGUGGUCGGCGGCCUAUGGCGUGGGGGACGUGCCGGGGACCUGGGGCCCUGAUGACUCGGACUCGGCGCAGACCGCGGAGGGAUGGGGGCCCGACGCGGGGGGCCUCAGGAUCCUGGCCGACGGGUCUGAGGCGAAGCCCUUCCUGACUGGACGGGAGCCCGGCGAGGACCUGCUGGCGCCCUGGGCGUUCCCGGCUGCGGUGGCCGCCCCCGCGGGGCGGCCCGAGACCACCUGCGAUGUCUGCGGCAAAGUGUUCCCGCACCGCUCGCGGCUGGCCAAGCACCAGCGCUACCACGCCGCCGUCAAGCCCUUCGGCUGCGACGAGUGCGGCAAGGGCUUCGUGUACCGCUCGCACCUGGCCAUCCACCAGCGCACGCACACCGGCGAGAAGCCCUUCCCGUGCCCGGACUGCGGCAAGCGCUUCGUCUACAAGUCGCACCUGGUGACGCACCGGCGCAUCCACACCGGCGAGCGGCCCUACCGCUGCGCCUUCUGCGGCGCGGGCUUCGGCCGCCGCUCCUACCUGGUGACGCACCAGCGCACGCACACGGGCGAGCGGCCCUACCCGUGUCCGCACUGCGGCCGCAGCUUCAGCCAGAGCUCGGCCCUCGCGCGCCACCAGGCCGUGCACACCGCCGACCGGCCGCACUGCUAUCCCCCUUCACAGAUUUCUACUCUCUUCCAAGAACAACCGAAAAUGAACAAAUCCCAGGAAUGUAAUAGAUGUGGAAAAUCCUAUUAGAAGUCAGCCCUAACUGAACAUCAGGUAACUCAUACAGGAAUAAAACCCUAUGACUCUAGUCAGUGUAAAAAGUCUGUCUAUAAAAUAUACAGGUUUUCUGUACGUCAGAGAACUCACACAGGGGAGCAGCUCUAUGAAUGUAACAAAUGUGGAAAAUGCAGAUCUGCAUAG